AUGUCCCUUCCUUCCGCAGGCAAAGCAGAGGAGCCCAGAGCAGCCGAGGCCGUGAGUGGCAGUGACAUCACAGCUCCCCCCAGCAAGGAGCUGCCCCCCAGCCCUGAGAAGAAGAGCAAGGCUGCUGCAUCCACGUGCACUCCCAAGGCAGCAGCAGUGAAAGCCAAGCCCUCGGCCACCAGCAGCCCCAAGCGGCCAAGCUCGGCCACCCCGGGCACAAACAAAAAACCCACGAGCCCCAGUGCAGCUCCUGCUCCAGGCAGCACUUCCAAACGCCCUGCAGGCAGCAGCAGCCGUCCCUCCACCCUCACUGCAAAAGAGACUAAGCCAAAGGUCACAGAUGUGAAGCCCACGGAGAAGAAAACCUCCCUGUCCAAGGCUCCAUCCUCCACCACUCCUAAAACUCCUUCCAGGAGCUCCCCUGCUGCUGCCAGGACCACGGCGCCGUCGCCGGUGACGGCAGCGGCUGCUGCCAGGACCACGGUGGCCACUCCUGCCAAGAGACCCUCGUCCAUCAAAACGGACGCGAAGCCGGCGGACGCCAAGAAAACCUCGGCCAAGUCUCCCUCAGCAGAUUCCAGCCGCCCCAGGAGCGCUCCCGGCAGCGCCACCAAGAGCAGCGCCACCACUCCUUCCACCACGGCCUCCUCCAGCGCUCCCAGCGUGCCCGGGGCAGCCUCCAGCCGGCCCAAACCCAAAGCCGCCCCCAAGGCUGCCGCGGCCUCCACGGUGUCGGCAGAUGCCAAGAAAACCGCAGCCAAGGGCGGCAGCGCCGGCACCAAACCCGGCGGUACCAAAGCGCCGCGGCCGAGCAGCGCCGCGCCCGACCUGAGGAACGUGCGCUCCAAAAUCGGCUCCACCGACAACAUCAAACACCAGCCCGGGGGAGGGAAGGGGAAGGUAGAGAAAAGGCCGGAGUCGGCCGGCGCCGCGCCCAGCUCUGAGCCCAGCGCGGCCUCUAAGGCGGCUCCUAAAGUGGCAGCAAAAGAGGGGGUCCCCAAACAGCCCCAUGGGAAAGUCCAGAUAGUCUCCAAAAAAGCGAACUACAGCCAUGUUCAGUCCAAGUGUGGUUCCAAGGACAAUAUUAAGCAUGUCCCUGGAGGUGGGAAUGUGCAGAUCCAGAACAAGAAAGUCGACCUUUCCAAAGUGUCCUCCAAGUGUGGAUCUAAAGCAAAUAUCAAGCAUAAGCCAGGGGGAGGAGAUGUCAAAAUCGAGAACCAGAAGCUGAACUUCAAGGAGAAGGCCCAGGCCAAGGUGGGGUCUCUGGACAACGUGGGACACUCGCCAGCUGCAGGGGCUGUCAAGGAGGGGGGCGCGGAGCCGCCGCUGAACGGA